AGGGCAUGCGCAGUGAGUGCCUCCCGUCUCUUCUACCCGAACCCCCCCUCCCCCCCCAAGCAGAGAGACCCCAGCAGCAGCAGCAGCUGAUGAUGAAGAGAGAGGCAGUGGCAGAGGGGGGGCACCUUUUAUUUCUAUUUUUAAAGGGACAGGACACUAAUUUUACCCCACUUCAACCUUGAAUUGAGGGGGGUGGGGGGAAGGCGGCUGAGUUCCUUCCCCCACCCUCCAGCCCGGAGCCCUGAGAGGGGGAUUGAGCCUGAGAGAGAAGGAGAAGGAGUUUCUUCCUCUUCGAAAACCUCCAUCCACGACUCCUACCCCCUCACCCCUCCACUCGCUUCCCUCCCGAGCCCCCUCCACCCUCCUUCUCUUUGGCCGUGAGAGGAGAGAAAGAGACCAAAAGCCUCUUAGCAACACAGACCCUUUGCUGUUGCUGUUGCUGCUGCUGUUGCUGCUGCUGCUGCUACUGCUGCUACUGCUGCUUGGCCCUGGCUGGAGACAUCUCACUACACCCAGGAGCAGCCACUUCCCCAGCUCUCCUCCUCCUCCUUCGCCUCCUCCUCCUCCACUCCCCCCCUUUAUUACCCUUUGUGUCAUCCUCCACAGCUCCAGGGAAGGCACUCAAAAGUGGGGGGCAGGAAAGAUGAACCUUGGAGAUGUCAUUUUCUGCAUGUAUGAAAUAGAUCUUGAAGGGUUUAUGGUUUACAGACAAAAUCAUUAGAAGUUAGACACUCAAGAGAGAAGAGGGACUCCUUUAUUGAUGCUCAUAAAGGCAUAAAGCAUCUGGAGAUUACUGCCUCUAUUACGCUGCUGGAUCUCACAACACUUGUUAUGUUUUCAUCACUUUCUCUCCAGAAGAAGUUGGAAACCCAAAUGCCCACAGAGGCCAGACUGGUGGGAAUGAAGCAGGAAGCUACUGCAUUGAACUGGAGAGCCAAGUCCUUUCUGGAGAAGCAGCCACUGCUCCGUUCCAGAUAAUUAUUGCAAGGCAGGAAUGUUGACCUAGUGUUACCACAUUGUCCAGUUUCUCAGGCUACAUUAUUGGAAUUUUGAAGUCAUGAAAACAUCAGAUGAACCAGCCUGCAACACCUUGGAUUCAGAUUGGAAGAUAAAGUUUAGAGAAUGUGGCCUAUGAGGGCUUGGUAGUACCUGAAAAUAUUAAUUGACUCACACUGUAAAAAUGAGAUCAAUUUCUAAACAGUAGAGGUUAUUUUAGUCCAACAUCAAAGUUCAAGACAAAAUGUGCAACUAAAAACUUUACACUCCUCCCUCCCUCACUUCAGACAGGUACCAGCAUUGGUGAAUUAUGAUUUUCCUUAGUUGUAAGCACUCAUUUUUACCCAUGUAGACCAUUCCUAGGAAUUAAGUAUUGGUUAUUUAAUGUAGAUUAUAAUGGGAAACUGAUUAAUUUUACAAUGGCAGAGUUCAAGGACUUGGUUCCAAACUGAGCCGAAGCUUCCCAAUGCUUUUUGUAUAGUCUGAGAAAAACUGUGCUGCAUUGGCCCAUUUUUGAAGGCCAUCAUGCUCAGUAAUAUGAAGAUAUCAUCUUACUGCUGAUAUCUUUGGAGAGUCCCAAGCAGACACAGAAAAUGAAUGGAGGAAAGGAGUGUGACGGAGGGGACAAGGAAGGAGGUCUUCCAGCCAUACAAGUUCCUGUGGGUUGGCAGCGUCGUGUGGAUCAAAAUGGAGUGCUAUAUGUCAGUCCCAGUGGGUCUUUGUUAUCUUGCUUGGAGCAGGUUAAAACAUACCUGCUUACUGAUGGAACAUGCAAGUGUGGCUUGGAAUGUCCUCUUAUUCUUCCCAAGGUAUUUAAUUUUGAUCCUGGAGCUGCUGUGAAACAGAGAACUGCAGAAGAUGUUAAGGCAGAUGAAGAUGUCACAAAGCUAUGCAUACAUAAAAGAAAAAUCAUUGCAGUGGCCACACUUCAUAAAAGCAUGGAAGCCCCACAUCCUUCUCUGGUGCUCACCAGUCCUGGAGGAGGAACAAAUGCAACUCCAGUAGUACCUUCACGGGCAGCAACUCCAAGGUCAAUAAGAAAUAAGUCUCAUGAAGGAAUUACAAAUUCUGUAAUGCCUGAAUGUAAGAAUCCUUUCAAGUUAAUGAUUGGAUCAUCAAAUGCCAUGGGAAGGCUAUAUGUACAAGAACUGCCUGGAAGCCAGCAACAAGAACUCCACCCUGUCUACCCCCGGCAGAGAUUGGGCAGCAGUGAACACGGACAGAAAUCUCCAUUCCGUGGCAGCCAUGGAGGCCUACCAAGCCCAGCAUCAUCAGGUUCCCAGAUAUAUGGAGAUGGCUCAAUCUCUCCACGGACUGACCCACUUGGAAGCCCUGAUGUUUUCACAAGAAAUAAUCCUGGUUUUCAUGGAGCUCCCAAUUCUAGUCCUAUUCACCUGAAUAGGACUCCUCUUUCUCCACCGUCAGUAAUGCUACAUGGUUCUCCUGUACAGUCAUCCUGUGCAAUGGCUGGAAGGACUAAUAUACCUCUUUCCCCAACUUUGACUACAAAGAGUCCAAUAAUGAAAAAACCAAUGUGUAAUUUUUCAUCUAAUAUGGAAAUACCACGAGCAAUGUUCCACCACAAACCACCCCAAGGUCCACCACCCCCUCCUCCACCUUCUUGUGCUCUUCAGAAAAAGCCAUUAACAUCUGAGAAAGAUCCACUUGGCAUUCUUGACCCUAUUCCUAGUAAACCAGUGAAUCAGAACCCUGUUAUCAUUAAUCCAACCAGUUUCCAUUCAAAUGUCCACUCUCAGGUACCUGUGAUGAAUGUAAGCAUGCCUCCUGCUGUUGUUCCUUUGCCAAGUAAUCUCCCUUUGCCAACUGUAAAACCUGGCCACAUGAAUCAUGGGAGUCAUGUACAAAGAGUUCCGCAUUCAGCUUCAACCUCCCUGUCCCCUUCUCCAGUGACAUCCCCAGUGCACAUGAUGGGGACUGGAAUUGGAAGGAUUGAGGCAUCGCCCCAAAGAUCACGCUCAUCUUCCACAUCAUCAGAUCAUGGAAAUUUCAUGAUGCCACCUGUAGGACCCCAGGCCACUUGUAGUGGUAUUAAGGUUCCACCCAGGUCACCAAGGUCAACAAUAGGGUCCCCAAGGCCAUCAAUGCCAUCAAGUCCUUCUACCAAGUCCGAUGGACAUCAUCAGUACAAGGAUAUCCCUAACCCAUUAAUUGCUGGAAUGAGUAAUGUACUAAAUACCCCAAGCAGUGCAGCUUUUUCUAUUGCAUCUGCCGGAAGUGGUUCCGUAAAGAGUCAGCCUGGUUUGCUGGGAAUGCCUUUAAAUCAGAUCUUGAACCAGCACAAUGCUGCCUCCUUUCCAGCAAGUAGUUUACUCUCAGCAGCAGCCAAAGCACAGCUAGCAAAUCAAAACAAACUUGCUGGUAACAACAGUAGCAGCAGUAGCAAUUCUGGAGCUGUUGCCGGCAGUGGCAACACUGAAGGACAUAGCACUUUAAACACCAUGUUCCCUCCUACUGCCAACAUGCUUCUCCCAACAGGUGAAGGGCAAAGUGGUCGCGCAGCACUAAGAGAUAAGCUGAUGUCUCAGCAAAAAGACUCAUUACGGAAAAGAAAACAGCCACCUACCACAGUGUUGAGUUUGCUAAGACAGUCUCAAAUGGAUAGUUCUGCAGUUCCUAAACCUGGACCCGACUUGCUGAGGAAGCAGGGUCAGGGUUCAUUUCCCAUCAGUUCAAUGUCUCAGUUACUUCAGUCUAUGAGUUGUCAAAGCUCUCACUUGAGUAGCAAUAGUACCCCGGGUUGUGGGGGCUCAAAUACUGCUUUGCCUUGCUCUGCUAACCAGCUGCAUUUUACAGAUCCCAAUAUGAACUCCAGUGUUCUUCAGAAUUCACUGACACAGAACAUACCUUUAAGAGGGGAAGCCGUGCACUGCCACAAUGCAAACACUAACUUUGUUCACAAUAACAGUCCAGUCCCCAACCACCAUCUUGCAGGUUUAAUAAAUCAGAUUCAGGCUAGCGGGAACUGUGGGAUGCUCAGUCAGUCGGGCAUGGCUUUAGGAAAUUCAUUACAUCCCAAUCCACCUCAGUCAAGAAUUUCAACGUCCUCCACUCCAGGGAUACCAAACAGCAUUGUUAGCAGCUAUAAUCAAACAAGUUCUGAAGCAGGCAGUUCAGGUCCAUCAUCCUCCAUAGCCAUAGCUGGCACCAACCACCCCGCCAUCACAAAGACAACAUCUGUUCUUCAAGAUGGUGUCAUCGUCACCACCGCAGCUGGAAACCCACUGCAGAGUCAGCUGCCCAUUGGAAGUGAUUUUCCUUUUGUUGGCCAGGAGCACGCACUUCAUUUUCCACCCAACAGCACUUCAAACAACCAUCUUCCACACCCCUUGAACCCCAGCCUCCUCAGUUCUCUACCUAUCUCUUUGCCAGUGAAUCAACAGCAUCUCCUAAACCAGAAUCUAUUAAAUAUCCUCCAGCCUUCAGCAGGAGAAGGCAAGUCUGAGAUCAACCUCCACCCUUUAGGUUUUCUCAACCCGAAUGUAAACGCUGCUUUAGCUUUUCUCUCCGGUGACAUGGAUGGGCAGGUAUUACAGCCUGUUCACUUUCAACUCUUAGCAGCCCUGCUUCAGAACCAAGCCCAAGCAGCUGCCAUGCUUCCCCUGCCAUCUCUCAAUCUGACCAUCUCAGAUCUUUUGCAACAGCAAAAUACCCCUUUACCCUCAUUAACACAGAUGACAGCCCCACCAGACCAUUUGCCAAGCAAUCAGUCAGACAACAGCAGAGCUGAGACCCUUUUAACCAGCCCCCUGGGGAACCCUUUACCAAGCUUUGCAGGCAGUGACACUACUUUUAACCCCCUGUUCCUCCCAGCUGUCACUGGGGCCUCAGGAUUAAUGGCCUUGAAUCCCCAGCUGUUGGGAGGUGUUCUGAACUCGGCAUCGGCCAACACCGCUAAUCAUCCAGAGGUUUCCAUAGCAACCUCCUCCCAGGCAACCACUACCACAACCACUACAUCAUCAGCAGUGGCAGCACUGACUGUCUCAACACUUGGUGGGACAGCAGUGGUGUCAAUGGCCGAAACAUUGCUGAAUAUAUCUAAUAAUGCUGGGAAUACACCUGGUCCAGCUAAACUCAACAGUAACUCUGUGGUGCCACAGCUACUUAACCCUCUACUGGGGACAGGUCUGCUUGGUGAUAUGUCAUCAAUAAACAAUACUUUGAAUAACCAUCAACUGACUCAUCUACAGUCGCUGUUAAACAACAAUCAGAUGUUUCCUCCAAAUCAGCAACAGCAGCAACUUCUUCAAGGGUACCAGAAUCUCCAGGCCUUCCAAGGACAGUCCACUGUUCCUUGCCCAGCUAACAAUAACCCCAUGGCUUGUCUGUUUCAAAACUUCCAGGUGAGAAUGCAAGAAGAUGCAGCUCUCCUAAACAAAAGAAUAAGCACUCAGCCGGGGCUUACAGCACUUCCUGAGAAUCCAAACACUACACUUCCACCUUUCCCAGAUACACCUUGUGAGUUGCAACCAAGGAUCGACCCAUCUCUUGGUCAGCAGGUGAAGGAUGGACUCGUCAUGGGUGGCCAAGCUGAUGCUUCCGUAGAUGCCAUUUACAAAGCAGUUGUUGAUGCAGCCAGCAAAGGAAUGCAAGUUGUCAUCACCACUGCCGUCAACAGUACCACCCAGAUCAGCCCUAUUCCAGCUCUGAGUGCCAUGAGUGCCUUUACUGCCUCAAUUGGUGACCCACUAAACCUGUCCAGUGCUGUCAGUGCGGUCAUUCAUGGACGGAACAUGGGAGGUGUUGAUCAUGAUGGCAGGCUGAGGAACACAAGGGGGGCACGGCUGCCCAAGAAUCUAGACCACGGCAAAAACUCAAAUGAAGGAGAGGGGUUUGAGUAUUUCAAGUCAGCUAGUUGCCACACAUCCAAAAAACAGUGGGACGGGGAGCAAAGCCCCAGAGGGGAGAGAAACAGGUGGAAGUAUGAGGAAUUUUUAGAUCAUCCAGGCCAUAUCCAUAGUAGUCCUUGUCAUGAAAGGCCCAACAACGUCUCCACACUGCCAUUUUUGCCUGGGGAACAGCACCCAAUACUGUUACCACCAAGAAACUGUCAAGGGGAUAAAAUUUUGGAGGAAAAUUUCAGGUAUAAUAACUACAAAAGAACUAUGAUGAGUUUUAAGGAGAGACUAGAGAACACUGUGGAAAGAUGUGCGCACAUUAAUGGGAACAGACCUCGACAGAGUCGGGGAUUUGGAGAGCUGCUAAGCACUACAAAGCAAGACCUAGUCCUAGAGGAGCAGUCUCCAAGUUCCUCAAAUAGUUUAGAAAGUUCUCUGGUCAAAGACUACAUCCAUUACAAUGGAGACUUUAAUGCCAAAAGCAUUAAUGGGUGUGUGCCUAGCCCUUCAGACGCUAAAAGCAUCAGUAGUGAAGAUGACCUAAGGAAUCCAGACUCCCCCUCUUCAAAUGAGUUGAUACAUUAUAGACCAAGGACGUUCAAUGUUGGCGACUUGGUCUGGGGCCAAUUCAAAGGACUGACUUCCUGGCCUGGAAAAUUAGUAAGAGAAGACGACGUUCACAAUUCAUGUCAACAAAGCCCCGAGGAAGGGAAGGUCUGGGUAAUGUGGUUUGGUCUUCAUACCUUCACUCAGGUGGAGCCAGAGAAGUUGAAGACACUAACAGAAGGUUUGGAAGCCUACAGCCGAGCCCGGAAAAGGAACAGAAAAAGUGGGAAGCUAAAUAACCAUUUAGAAGCUGCUAUUCAUGAGGCCAUGAGUGAACUGGACAAAAUGUCUGGGACUGUUCACCAAAUCCCACAGGGAGACAGACAAAUGAGACCCCCCAAACCCAAGAGGAGGAAGAUCUCCAGAUAACAGAGACUACUCCACUAAUGCGCAGUGUUUAUCAAAGGAACAUGCACAGAUGUAUUUGUAUAUAGGUAUUGAUAUGGCCACAGUUAUAUCAAUAUAUAAACUAUGGCAGAUAGUUACCACCACAGGGUGCUAAAAGAAACAGUGAUAAAAAAAAUUGUUUGAUCAGGAAGGAUAAUGAAUGCUGGAAAAACCAAUCACAAUCCCUGUAUAAUGAGAGUGAUCAAUGGUCAAGAGAUUACUGAGAAACUCUUUUUCUAUAAUACUGAAAUUGUGAUUAUGAGAAAUAGUCCAAAUGUUUCUGAAAAAUUUUCAAUGUUGUAUAUAGAAAAUACAGAAUUUCAUGGUGAUAUCAGAAAUGUAAAUAUUGUACAAUAUUGUCAUGUACAAGCGUACCUAAUGCACACUUUAUCUUUUAUUGUACAAAGAAAUAGUGUACAAAAUCCUUUGGUUUCUAUGGAGUACACCUACCAGAGACUACCAGUGUAAAGUGAUAAAUAAAAAUACAACCUAAAUGCUUUUCUAUGAUAAUGUAAAAGAUGCUGUUUUUGUAUUUAACAGCAGAGAAAAGGCAUGAUGAUGUAAUAUCUGAAUUAUGACAUACACUGCACACCACUGAGUGUCCAUUUAUAUUGUCUAUUUGGAAUGAACCUUGCCUGGAAGCACUGGACUCAAUUUUGGGUGUUUAGGAAAUUGCAACCUUACAGAUUUGUAAAGGGAUGAGGGCUCACAGGUCUAAAUUAAGAAUUCAGAAACUGCAACCAUUUGUUGCAUAUUUUUUUUACCUAAGUUUUAAAAUAGAAUAGGUUUUAUAAAAAAAAAAAACUUAGAUGGAAUAUUUUACUCA